CCUCGCAGCUGCUUCACCCUCUCUGCACGUUUCACGCAGCUCUACGAGACCAGCUUAAAACAUGUCUCCCAGGUGGCUGUGGUAACGGGCAGUAACAAGGGCAUCGGUCUGGCCAUCGUCCGAGCGCUCUGCAAGCAGUUCCAAGGAGACGUUUACCUCGCCGCUAGAGACGUCGGUCGUGGUCAGGAAGCAGUGGCGUCUCUGGCAUCAGAGGGACUGACGGCCUUGUUUCACCAGCUGGACAUCAACGACCUGAACAGCAUCACCACCGCCGCUGCGUACUUUAAAGACAAGUACGGAGGAGUGGACGUGCUCGUCAAUAAUGCUGCGAUAGCGUUCAAAGUGGCAGACACAGCUCCAUUUGCGGUCCAGGCAGAGGUGACCCUCAAGACAAACUUCUUCGCCACCAGAGACAUGUUGACUCACUUCCUGCCGAUCAUCAAAGCUGGAGGCCGUGUGGUGAACGUCUCCAGCUUCGUCAGCUCCCGCGCUCUGAACCAGUGCAGCGCAGCCCUCCAGGAGCGAUUCCGCAGCGAGGACAUCACAGAGGAGGAGCUGGUGGGACUGAUGCAGCGUUUCGUUGAUGAGGCCAAGAAGGGCGAGCACAAGCAGGGCGGCUGGCCUGAAACGGCUUAUGGAAUAUCCAAAACUGGACUGACGACCCUGUCCAUGAUCCUGGCUCGCCGUCUGUCCAAGGAGAGACCGCAUGACGGGAUCCUGCUGAACGCCUGCUGUCCAGGCUGGGUGCGCACCGAUAUGGCCGGUCCGAAAGCCCCCAAGUCACCAGACGAGGGCGCUGUCACUCCGGUCUACCUGGCACUGCUGCCCCCCGGGGCCACAGAGCCUCACGGAAAGUUUGUCUCUGAUAAAGAAGUUCAGCCGUGGUGAAGGUGUUAAAGACACCUGAGGGUGUGAGAGUAACUGAAAGACUGCUAGUGUUUCCACUUGAGCACUACAUUGCCAAAACCUUCGGAUUCAUUUUGCCUUUGGUGGUCGAAACAUUUCUAUAUUUAUUACAUGGAAAAUGGAAAACUUGCCUUAACUGGAUGAAACUCAAAUGUUGUGAAAAUAAAUGGUUUUCUGGCAAUAAAAAUGCUGUUUUACAGUACAAUGCUUUUUUUUCAGGAAGAUGUUACAUUGCUUUUGCUCAUAAUUUGAAUAGAUAACUACCAAAAAGUCCUAAAAGGAUGUGUUUAGAAACCAGCAAAUUUGACUGUUUAUAAAUGUGUCCAAAAAUGUCUCAGCAUAAUAUGUACUGUACAAACAUGUGUCCUAACUUACCAGAUGUGUGAUCAAAUUUCAUGAAAACAUUUCUGUGUUGAACACAGUAGUAUGAUUUAUUUACAGGAUCUUAUCUGUACAUUUAAAGACCUCCAUUGUUUUUAUAAUUCAGCCUGUGAUUUUAGAAAUAGGCCAGUGAGCUCAUGACGAUAGUUCCAUUGCAAAAUCUGUCAACCUAAAACAUUUUGUAACAGUCACCCAUCAAAGUCUGAUAGUACAUACAUACAAACACCCCGAACAUGCCACAGAGCAUUUAGUACAUUUUUUAGUCAAGCUUCCUGCAUUAUGAUCUAAAUGAUGGUUUCAACACCUCUUUUGUUUGGAACAAUUUUGUUAACCUUUUGCAGUCUUGCUUUAUUUGCUUAUAUGCUGAUCUCCAUGAACAUAAUAACAAUAAAGAUCCUCUCUUGUACAAGAAA